GUGGUGCCCCUUGUGACCAUGGGCAGCUUGGCCGCCAUGGAGGGGCCAACCAGCAUGGAAACAACUCCCCAUCACAUUUCCACAACCAGCAGUUCACCUUCCCAACAAACCACCAGCAACAGGUACCUCAAUUUGCUCACCUGAUGUGCCCUAAGACGUCCCCUGGCUCUCCUCACCAUGUCCCACCAGACACCAACUUUAUUCCAAUAUCUCACUUACAUCAUCAGACGUUCCCUCGAGGACCAAGGCAUUGAAU